AUGUUGCCUAAGAAAAAUUUAUCUAAAAUUUAUCUCUUUAGUGUUGUAUUGCUGGUUUUCAGCGUCACGCCAUUCAAAAUAGAUCAAAAUAAAAAUCAAAACCGUUCAACAGAUAAAGUCCAGAAUCUGGGAAAUGAAAGGAGGUACGUAUACAAAGGCCCUCUCCAAGAUUCAGGUCAGAGGAAUAUUUCGUAUACGAGAUAUCCGAAGAAAUGUUUUACCCAAACUUAUAGAGAUUUGUAUGGAGACGCCAUGCUGGUGCUCACCUGGAUGAGCUCCAACAUGGCGGCCGGAAACCAACAGAAACAUCUGUUACCGAGUUUUGCUACAAAAGCGCGAAUUUAUUCUUCGAGAAACUCAUAA